UUGACUUUCUUUGUUUUUGAUGUAGCCACCCUCUCUCUAAGUUGUUCCUUUUUUCUCUUUUUUUAAUACGCGGAUAUAGGGCAAUUAGUCAAUGUAUUUGAUUUCUAAUAGCAAGCCAACCAAAAUAGUUCCACUCAAGUCCUUUCACACGGCUUUUGAUUGUUUAUGAUAAAUAAAUUUUCAGUUAUGCAAAAUUGCAAACUGAAAACAAAUAGUUUUUGAGGUUUUAUCCAGGGAUGAAUCCAAAAUAUCUGGUAUUUCUGCUGGCUGCUUCACUCCAAAUUUGUAGCAUAGCAGCACUGACUAACAGUGAUGAUUUAACUAAGUUGAAGGCUCUUAUGGAUAUUUGGGAAAACUUACCACCUAGCUGGGAAGGUACAGACCCUUGUGGAGACCAAUGGGAUGGCAUAAAGUGCAUCAAUUCACGUGUGACUUCCAUAACAUUGUCAAGCAUGGGAUUGAAAGGACAGAUGUCUGGAGAUAUCACAAACUUACCAGAACUACAGAUUCUUGAUCUUUCAUACAACAAGGAUUUGCGAGGACCUCUUCCAGCAUCAAUUGGGAAUUUGAAGAAGCUAAAAUACUUAAUUCUAGUUGGCUGUAGUUUCUCUGGUCCUAUCCCCAAUUCAGUUGGAUCACUGCAGCAGCUGGUUUAUUUGUCUCUAAAUUCGAAUGCCUUUACUGGACCAAUUCCACCUUCCAUUGGCAAUCUAUCUGAACUUUAUUGGCUGGAUCUAGCUGACAAUAAGCUUGAUGGGAACAUCCCUGUCUCCACAGACACUACACCUGGUCUUGAUAUGCUAGUUAAAACAAAACACUUUCAUCUUGGAAAGAAUCAGCUCUCUGGAGAAAUCCCGUCUAAACUUUUCAGCUCAGAUAUGACUCUCAUACAUGUGCUUUUUGACAGCAACAAACUCACCGGAAGUAUUCCUUCUACCCUUGCCCUUGUGCAGACUUUGGAGGUUAUACGCUUUGAUAGGAAUUCAUUGAUUGGACCUGUCCCUUCGAACCUCAACGUUCUUACCAAUGUCAGUGAGUUGUUUUUGUCCAACAAUGGAUUGACUGGACCUCUUCCCAACCUCACUGGGAUGAGUUUUCUCAAUUAUCUGGACAUAAGCAAUAAUAGUUUUGAUGCAUCAGAUUUUCCUCGUUGGAUUUCUACAUUACAGUCUUUGACAACAUUAAUGAUGGAAGGGACACAACUUCAAGGACAAAUUCCGCCUAGCUUCUUUAGCCUUGCCAAUUUACAGACUGUGGUGCUAAGUAACAACAGACUCAAUGGUACUUUAGAUAUUGGAACAAUCAAUAGUGACCAACUACAGCUCAUUGAUUUGCAAACCAAUUCCAUUUCUGAUUAUACUCCAAAACCUGGACAAAAGCAAGUUGAUAUAAUACUUGUGAACAACCCAGUUUGUCAGGAAACUGGAGUAAUAGCAAGUUACUGCACUGUUUCCAGGCCUAAUUCUUCUUAUGUGACACUCCCAAAUAAUUGUGUGCCUAUUCCCUGUCGUUCAAAUCAGAUUUCUAGUCCCAACUGUAAUUGUGCAUAUGCAUACACAGGACUUUUAGUUUUCAGAGCUCCUUCAUUCUCAGACUUGGGAAACAUAACCAUUUACAUUUCUCUCCAGCGGAGUCUAAUGGAUUCUUUUAGGUCCAAUCAACUUCCUGUGGAUUCGGUAUCUCUAAGUAAUCCAAGAAAGGAUUUGUCUGAGUACUUGGAUUUAAAUCUUCAAGUCUUUCCAUUUGACCGAGAUUAUUUCAAUCAAACAAUUAUUUCUCAGAUUGGGUUUGUGUUGAGCAACCAGACUUUCAAGCCUCCAAAAUUCUUUGGACCGUACUAUUUUAUUGGAGAUGUUUAUCACUAUUUUGCUGGAGAAGCUACAAGAUCAAACAACUCAUCAAACACUGGUAUUAUCAUUGGAGCUGUUGCUGGAGGUUCCGCCCUCCUACUAUUAUUGGUCCUUGCAGGGCUUUAUGCUUACCGACAAAAGAAGAGAGCAGAAAGAGCAACUGAAUGGAAUAAUCCUUUUGCACACUGGGAUUCAACUAAGAGCAGUGGAGCUGGUUUUCCUCAAUUAAAAGGAGCCAGAUUCUUUUCUUUUGAGGAGCUUAAAAAAUACACCAAUAAUUUUUCAGAAGCAAAUGAUAUUGGAUCUGGGGGUUAUGGAAAGGUAUACAGAGGAGUCCUUCCCAAUGGGCAAUUGAUUGCCAUAAAACGAGCACAACAAGAAUCAUUGCAGGGUGCGCUAGAAUUCAAAACUGAGAUUGAACUUCUGUCAAGAGUGCAUCAUAAAAAUGUUGUUAGCCUUUUGGGAUUUUGUUUUGAGCGAGGUGAACAAAUGCUCAUUUAUGAGUUUGUGCCAAAUGGGAGUCUCAAUGAGAGUCUGUCAGGGAAGUCAGGAAUCAGGUUGGAUUGGGUUAGGAGACUUAAAAUAGCCCUUGGUGCAGCAAGAGGUCUGGCAUAUCUGCAUGAGCUUGCAAACCCUCCAAUUAUCCAUAGGGACAUAAAGACAACCAACAUACUACUGGAUGAACGCUUAAAUGCGAAAGUUGCUGAUUUUGGCCUUUCCAAGCCUAUGAGUGACACUGAAAAGGGUCACAUUACCACUCAAGUCAAAGGGACAAUGGGCUAUUUGGAUCCAGAAUAUUACAUGACUCAGCAGUUAACUGAGAAGAGUGAUGUUUAUAGCUUUGGAGUUGUGAUGCUGGAGCUACUAACUGCAAGAAAGCCAAUAGAACGCGGAAAAUACAUAGUGAGAGAGGUGAGGAUGGCGAUGGAUAGAACAAAAGAUUUAUAUAACCUCCAUGAACUUCUUGACCCAAGCAUUGGUCUACAAACAACAUUAAAAGGUCUAGAUAAGUUUGUGGAUCUGGCAAUGGAAUGUGUAAAAGAGUCAGGAGCUGACAGGCCUAUAAUGGGGGAUGUGGUGAAAGAGAUAGAGAAUAUCUUGCAGCUUGCUGGUUUAAAUCCCAAUGCUGAAUCUGCAUCUACUUCGGCUAGUUACGAGGAAGCAGGCAAGGGAAGUCCUCGUCAUCCUUACAGCAAAGAUGCCUUUGAUUAUAGUGGGGCAUUUCCACCUUCAAAGCUAGAGCCUCAAUGAGCAUCAUUGCAUCCGAAUUUUACAGUUACAGUUUGAUAAUGUUUUAAAAUCACUGCAAUAUGUGUUCCUAUUUGUCUUAGUCUUGUAUGCAGCUUGUAAUGAGCCAGAUCUGUAGUUGAAUUGAAUUCUUUGCUUGUGCAUAUUGAGCUGAAAUGUUGUAUCCAAGGUUGAUAGACGACAAUGAAGAAUAAAUAGAAAGGAUUAGCAAUGUUACAGAAAUUUCACAUUCA